AUGGAUGACAUGAGUGACUGUGAACCGUACAGUAGUGGAUCGUCUGACAUUUACCAGCCUCCUCCUGACUGCAACUCCAGUUCGACCAGUCAUUCUGAUGAUGGAAAUAGUCAUAACUUGACAACAUUUCAAAAUCAAACUAUUGAGAAUAACGAUCAAGAAAGCGAUCAAGGAGGUUUAAUAAAAAUUGAAAAUGUUGAACGAGAAAGACCAAAAACUGGUAUGGGGAAGAAACGGAGUUGUUCACAUAAAUAUUAUAUUAAAUUAGAAAUUAAAAACAUACAGGUUUGCAGAGAUGGCUUUGCAUCUAUCCAUGAAAUAUCUAAAAAGCGUGUAGAUAAUGUUUCCAAAGAGUAUCGUGACCCUACUGUAACUAUACCAGCUAAAUCUGAGCGUGGAAAACAUCUAAACCGACCAAAUCGUGUUUCAGAUGAAUGGGUUUCCAAAGUUGAUUCCCAUAUAAGAAGUUUUCCGUGUCGCGAAUCACAUUACAGUAGAAAUAAAAGCUCUCGUUAUUAUCUGUCUCCAGAGUUGAAUAUUAAAAGGAUGUACGAUUUAUAUUUAAAAAAGUAUGAGCCUGGUCUUGAAGCACCUGCUAAGCCAAAAGUAUCAUUUGAUUUUUACUACAGGUACUUUAAACAAAAUUUUAAAUACAGCUUUGGGUCACCUCGCUCAGAUACAUGCAAUGUGACGUUCUGGAUAACAAAUUGAAAGAUAAGACAUUGGACAGCGAUGAAAUCAAACAAAUACAGUUAGAAAAAAACCUCCACCAAGCAAAAGCCGACAUAUUUUUUGUUGAUUUGAAAGAAAAGAGUAAACUUGCUAUUACUAAUGUAAUACAUUCAGCGAAAACAGGAAUUGCUCACUUUUAUUUAAUUUUCAAUUUUAACUUUUAUGAUAAUUCCUUUAAAUUUGUUACUUUUCUUAAAAACUCAUUCAUUUUUUAUUUUAUUUUGAUUGUUUUAUCUUUCCAUUGCUGAUUUAAAAUUCUAGAAUUAAAAAAUAUAUUAUAUUUUGAGUUUUAUUAUCUGUAAAAUAAAAUAUGGGAGAAUUUUUAUUGAACUUUUAAAAAUCGUAAUAACUCUAAAACUUAGUUAUUUACUCUGAAAAUCAUGGUAAAACAUUGGAAUAUGUGUAUAUAAUAUUUAGUAAUAUAGUUCUCAUGCAUAUCUUUAACAGUUAAUUUUUAAAAAACUUUAAUACUCAAAUAUUUACUAAACGAAUCAGUCAAAAUGCUGAAAUUAAUUAAUAGACUAACAUUUAAUAAAUCAUUGUAAAAAGAUUAUUCCAAUGUUAACUAAUUUACAUUACUACAUUAUUUCAAAUAGUCAGA